CUUAAAGUAAAACAUACAAACAAAUAGUUGCAUCUAUAGCCAUUGCAUUAUCAGCUGUGCACAGAAUUCUUCCAUUUGGUCUGUGACAUUUACAUUUUUAUUUCCGGGUAACUAUCUGUCAAGUUACAAUACGACGCUCUGCCAUUCGCUCAUCGCUCCCCCGUCAUCUAUUCAUCACGUCCGUCUUUGAGAAACGUUAUUUCCACGUGUUGCCACGUACCUAGUGAGAACAAGACGCAUAAUGACCCGCCACUCUCCACGCACCAAGAACCUGUGAGACUGACAUGCCUUCUACACGGCUGUCGCGAGUUACGUAUUCCGCCAUGGCGGCGACAGCACAAACGAGGGCACAGCAUGAGUUUUGGAAACUCCACGGACUGGCCGGCGCAUCAAUCCACCCUCAGCUGCCCACAGUUCCGGAAGUGCACUAAACGGUGGGGCAAGCAACGAAUAGCCGUGAAUUUGAUCGAGCCACCCCCGUGUGCUUACAGGCAGCAUAUGGGAAAGAAGGAAUCCGCAGACACGGAAAAAGAAAAAGAGCACGAAUCCAGAGGCGGGCCAGUACAUCUAUGCCCCCCUCAGGCGCCGCGCAGAUCCGAGAGUGCGCGCAGCGGCGGGGGCAAGUCAUUCCAGCAGCGAGAAGCGGCGAAUUUGAACGACCCGCGAAAGGCAGACGUCCGAUGUCUAGGAGUUAGAAAGAUAAUCGAAAGCGCGAGAGAAAUCAAGCAAUAUGAGGGCGGACACCAUGCCCUGGUCCUGAGAAGCAAGCAGUCCAUCCACCACAUCCCACCACGCCUCGUCCGGGAGUAUUUCCAUUGA